UCCCUUCUCUCCUGCUCCGCCGCUUCCUCUUCUUAUACACCCCCUCCUAACCCAUCUCUUUCCCGCAGCCUCUUCUCCCAUCGUCGGUCUUCCCGAAGUCUUCUAAACCCUAAUCCCCCAAAUCCACGACGCCAAACGACCCGCUGCGCACCGGAGUUCUCAAGGAGGAAGCAUGAGUCUUGAGUUGCGUAUGCUUGGGGUCGAUUUGAUUUGCAGUCGCCAUCCGACCACCAAGUGGGCGCAGAGGUCCGACAGGGUGUUCUUGACGAUCGAGUUGCCCGAUGCCAAGGAUGUGAAGCUGAACUUGAAGCCUGAGGGCCAUUUCAACUUCUCGGCAAAAGGCUCCGAUGACUUGCCCUAUGAGUUUGACCUCGAGCUGUUUGAUGCUGCUAAUGUGGAGGAGAGCAAAGCAGCUGUUGCCCCAAGGACUAUAUGCUACCUGAUCAAGAAAGCUGAGAGCAAAUGGUGGCCAAGGCUGCUGAAAAAGGAGGGCAAGCCACCUGUUUUCUUGAAGGUUGACUGGGACAAAUGGCAGGAUGAGGAUGAUGAGGAUAUCGGAUUUAAUGACUUCGAUGGUAUGGACUUUUCGAAACUGGAUAUGGGUGGUGCUGAUGAUGAGGAUAUUGAGGACGAUGAAGAUGAUGUGGUUGAAAGUGCUAACAAAGAUGAAGGUGCUAAGGAGAGCAAGGUGGAGGAGGAAGCAGCUCCAGCAGCAGCCGCUGCAGAGGAAGCUAAACCAUGAAGAAGCAAAUGAGUUUGCUUGACAACAUCGGUGACCACGCAUGAUAUCCAGCUAGACUAGAUGUUUCCUUAGAUUUUUGGUGUAAAAUCUGGAGGAUGGAUCGAUCACUCACUAGUCACUGCAUAUGAAGUAAAGAAAACCAGUCUUGCUGUUGUAGUUUUCGGCUGAACCUUGUGAACUGCUGGUAUAAUAUUUGGUCAGAGCGUAUUGCGUCCACCAUUGGAAGAUGAUUUGACGCGAUAGCGAUGUUUA